UUCAUUCGGGAAAGGUGAUUCCCAAAAUAAAUGAGUUUUGUGGUGAUUAUUUCUCUUUUCCUGCAUAAACUCGUAUUCAAAAACAAUCUACCAUACCUCGACAUAAACUCCAAGUAAAUCAUUUUGGUUCCGUGCCUAGGAACUGGCCUUUUUGUCGCCAGUUAGGUAUUGAGCCCACCUUCCAGCUCCUGGGUGUCAGACAACCAUCUUCCACCAUCUGGAAUAUCCAUCCAGGGCCGCCAUGUCCAAUAAUCUCCUGGGGGGACCGCCAGGAACCGUCCUCGACGAGGAUCGGUCCUCUUCCCCCAGCGCCAUUAGACAACAGAAACUAGAGCAACAGCGAAGACUUCUGGAAGAAAAACAGAGGAAAAAGCGGAUGGUGCCGGGAAUGGUCAAAGUUAAUGAAGACGCAGGGCGACCCCGAUCAGGGCAUCGACAUGCUAAGGAGGAAAUACGAGCUCCGCUGAUGGGGCCUGGAGCAAUAACAAAUAAAACAAACGCGCAAGGUUAUUAUGGUCACAGGCGGUCAAGUUUUGAUGCCAGUUUCAUAUUGGCACAAGAGGAAGGAGAUAUGAAGUUUAUUGGUGAACAUUCUUCACACCGCCGGCAAAGUGUUGAUAUGAUCGCUAGUAACUACACAAAUGAAGCUUAUGACGGUCCACAGUCAUAUGACACCAACAAUCCUGAUAGCACUUGUGCGAAAACCACAGUGCAAGUAUUCGACGUGAAACCACCUGGUGAGAGUAGGGACUAUUACUCAAGUGAUGAUGACAUAGAUGAAAUAUCUACAGAACCUUUAGAGCCAACUAGUAAGAAAGACAUGAAGAUGACUUCAUCGAUUCCAACUGUCCACCUGAUGAAUGAGGAAGACGAAGGCCCCGACUUUGAGAGCCGGGUGAUCAGUCCUGCCCCCAUAGCUCCAUCCUCCACUGACGCUCCUCCACCAGCUUAUAGCAGGGCGAUAAUGAAUCAGCAGCAGGAUGAUACAGCAACACAAAGACAAAAUAUCUUCAACGCUGCAAAGCCAUUCGGAGUAGACACUUUACCCGAUCCUGAACCUACUGAACCUGAGCGUACCUCCCCAUCCAACAGAAAUAAAGGACGUAAAAAGAAAAAAGAGAAAAAGGUCCCGAUGAAUUUAGCAGCUGAGCCAACGGACGAGGAUGACAUGUCUGUCGAUCGACCUCCAGGGGUAACAGCUAAUACUAACGCAUUCAUGGGAUCAAAUCGAUCAGCUCAAGCAUACCCCACCCAUCCCUCGCAGGAAAUGUAUCCUCCAGAUGACGAGGAUAUGGAUAUCAACCGAGGUACUCCACUGGCUGCAUCGGGUAUGGUCGAUCCAACAGAGAGUUUAGAGGAGUUUGUCAUGAAGCCAGCGCCACAAGGAGUCACAAUGAAGUGUCGUAUCACACGAGAUAAAAAAGGUGUCGAUCGCGGCAUGUUCCCGACGUAUUACCUUCAUCUUGAAAGAGACGACGGAAAGAGAGUGUUCCUACUCGCAGGUCGUAAACGAAAGAAAAGUACCACAUCCAACUAUCUAGUUUCAAUCGAUCCUACCGAUUUGUCUCGAGGGGGAGAGUCGUUUGUUGGGAAGCUGCGCUCCAAUAUGUUAGGGACGCAGUUCACCAUCUUCGAUAGUGGGGAGAACCCGAAGAAAGGAAACACCGAUACGUCACGUCGAGAAGUUUGCGCUGUGAUAUAUGAAACAAACGUUUUAGGUUUCAAGGGCCCGAGAAAAAUGACGGUUAUCAUUCCAGGGAUGAACCUUGACCAUGAGCGAGUUGAUAUAAGACCUCGAUCGGAUCACGAUGGUCUUAUCGAGCGCUGGAAAAGGAAAAAUAUGGAGAAUAUUCUAGAGUUACAUAACAAGACGCCAGUAUGGAACGAUGAUACUCAGUCAUAUGUGCUUAAUUUUCACGGUCGUGUCACACAGGCCUCCGUGAAAAAUUUCCAAAUCGUCCAUGACAACGAUGUGGACUACAUCGUGAUGCAGUUCGGGCGAGUAGCAGAAGACGUCUUUACAAUGGAUUACAACUACCCUCUGUGCGCCCUCCAAGCCUUUUCUAUAGCGCUGAGCAGUUUUGAUAGCAAACUGGCAUGCGAAUAAUCUAGUCGGCUAUCUAUGAACUUGUAGUUGUGGUAGAGACAGUGAAUUCCACAUUAAAGGGAGACAUAUUUUGUUACUGAUGUCAUGGGUUUUCAAUUCCAUUGAACCAAUGAGGAUUCAGACACAUUUUGCCUGGAGGAACAAGGUUACCUCACAUUGCAUUGUAUCAUUAAAAGUUGCCAUGCAAUUCAUUUAGUUGUUUUGAGAGUUUAUUAAGAUUACUCAUAUCCACAUCUGCGAUGUUAGUUUUAUUCCAACUAAUGAGGUGGUUUUAUGUUGGAAAAAAAGGCUUUGAUUGUGUACUUGGUCAAGUGCCUGAGUUCAGAUGUAUUCCACCGAGUAUUGUACCGACUAUUGCUUACUUUAGCCAGACCCAGGUGGUGUGAGUCAAAUAUAUCAUGCCGGUUUUCUUUUCUGAAAAUAAACCUUGGAGACGCAGACCAAUCCAGAGAAAACAAGAGUCAGCAAAUGUUCUGGCAAAAAAUUACGUAUAAAGUUUUCUCUGGGUCUGUGUUGGUUGCAUUUGCAUGCAAAAACAGAUAAGAUUUUCUUAGAACCCUCCUGAUGCUGUGGGGGGUGUUUCAGAGUUAAUUUAGGAGAUAUUGUAAAGUUGUUGAUUGGAGUGUUGGCACUCAGACCUUCCAAAAUAUUGUGGAUAACAGAAUUAUUCGAUGUAAAUAGGAUUGGCUGUAUAUACUUAAUUAUUAUGCGUGUGCUUGGAAUCUGCUUGGUGUUUGAGCAGCGGUUUCCUUAGCAAAUUCUCCAAAGAAAGUGAGAUGAUAUGAGAAACUGCUGCAGAAAAUAUCAAGGUAAUAUUCUGUGCACCUUGUUUGCGUUUGUUAUGCCACCAGAACUGCACAUUCUGUAUAUGUAUCUUACAUUUUGGAGAUGUCACAGUAUUUUUAUAAUUUUUAGAGCCUGGCAAUGUAUUUGACAGUAUAUGAAAGUAUUUCUGUCUGAAAAUAGCUGUAUAUGAAAGUAUUUCUGUCUGAAAAUGGCUGCAAAACUAAAGGAUUGAAAAUGGCAGGCAGUCAUUGCUGAGGUGUUUAAUCUGUUGAAAAUACUGUGAGAUCACUCAUUUGUGCAUGUUGACCUUCACUGAUGAACCAAUGUCAUUCAUGACCUUGAGGUUCAAGGUCAAGUUCUUUUUAAUGUAAUUAUGAUAGAUAUGUGCAAUAUAAGUUGUUUGGUUUUGGAUGAUUUGUCAGAAAUCGAACAGAGGGUUUUUUAAACGAUGAAAGGUCUUUAUCUAUGUUUAGUACCUCGAGAUUUGUCCAUAAAAAAAUGUACAAAAUGAUUUUAAUGAAUUCUCUGCUUGCUAGUAUAGUGUAAAAAUAACACAAGAUGACAAUUGGUUUGUUUUUACUCAAGUUUUCCAGUAAUUCCUGUUCAUUUUGUGCAGGAAUUGUACGAUUUACACAAAGAUUAUAUCACGAAUGACACAAAUUGUACCAUCAGCAAUUGAAAUGUUGUCAGUUGCUCUUGACAAGCCAUAAACAUUUUCAACUAUUUUGGCGUUAUGUGCUCCCGAUUGAUUUUGACUUAUAGCAUUAUGAGAAUGAUUCCUCUACUUCAUUGGAGUGACUAGAAAUCUCAAGUUGAAAUGAACGCUCUUCUGUAACGAUAAAAACAGUGCUGCUAUCUAAAAACAGGUUUCAGCACUAGAAUAUAGAGCAGGACUUAAGACUGCUAAAUCAAAAAAUGUGGCAAUGUACUUUAACAUGUUUAACAAGAGUCUUGACAUUUUGAUUAGUUUUGAAAAAAUACUCUGCCAGCAAUGAAAUUGUAACACAUCUUAAUAUUUAAAUGCGCGUGUUGUUCUUACUAAAAUCUUGUUAACUUGCUAAUGACCCGGCAACACAAAUCAAAGAAAGUUUGACUUCUACGCUUGAUUUAUGUUUUUUACUCUUUUCAUGGAGUGCUGUUUUCUAGAGAAAGUAAUCAAAAGGACCGAACUUCCCACCAGUAAAUUCUGUGUGGUUCUUCUGGCUUUGCUUCUCCGUUCUCAGAAUAUUUGAGAUGCAAGCUCAGACAGUCUGUCCACUUUCGGUAACAAAGCGGCUGUUCUCCUGGUUAGCUAGCUAGACCGAUAUUUCUUCUCCUCUUGCAAUUUUUAAGUGUCCUUGCAACGUCAAGAUUCUGAUUUCAAGAAGACAUGGUCUUUUUCAGUGGUCUAUAAAGACUGAAGUUGACACUAUCGACUCCUGGCUACAAACUUAUGAUAACAUAUCAAACUUGCUAUAUCCUUCAUUUGGCCUGUACUUACUUGCGUACUUCUAAAAUAUCUAUUCAGAAUUGUUACAUUUGCGUCCAUACAAGUUCCCCAGGUGUAUCUAUAUCCACGCCAGAUGUGGUGUGCAUGAUCAACCUGGGAAUACGUAAGGCAAACUAUAUAUCUUGAAUAGGCCUGUUCCUGUUCUUACGAUUUCAUCGUGAUUUACCCAGGUUGUUAGAGUUUAUCAUGAGAACUGUUAGAGUGUUAUAAUUUAUUUGGCGCUAUUUUAUCAGUACUGGUACUUAUAUUUCUGGGACAUAUCCAGCAUGACUUGUGAUCCAACUUCAUAUAGGAUUUAUGAACUUCGACAGUGUACUUACAUGGCUACAGUUUAAUAUUGUUUCUGGAGACCAACAAUGCAAAGCUAGUCAGUUUGUUGUCUGUUUGUUUCAUGCUUGUUGUUCUGGCUGUGUCCCUGAAUAAGCUGCAGUUGUGUAUUUAUGUGUUUAACUUGUAAAUAGUAACGACCAGGGGGUCACAAGGUGUAGUUCCAUCCACAAAAGAUUAGGCCAUAGUACUGCAGAAAACAUUAGAUAGGCUAGAUCACAGAAUUCAUUCGACUGAAUGAGUUCUGCCAGAUUUUGCACCCAUGUGAUGUAUCCGUGUGGGGAUUUAGUGUAUCAAAUUCUUUGAAAUUUGGUAGAAAUUAUCUGAAUAUUUAAUUGAGACCUCGUGUCACCUGACCGCCUUCCUAAACUCUUCAGAAGACUUCAGGGAGUUGUUUAUUUUCAUUGUUCAUUGAUGUGUAAAGAUUAGAAUAGAAUCAUGCUCUCUGUGUUGUCAAUAUCUGCAUUUGUUUUAUAAACUGUAAAGUAUGCUUUGAGACACCGCUGGACAUCUGAUUAUACAGGUACAUCAUUCUGGGCCACUUGUACAAUCACUUGGCAUUGCUAUACAUUGAAGUCUUUGUUUUUGUCUUCAAAAGGAUGGCAAAUGUCCUGGGAAGAAGCUAUAUCAUAAAACACAGUAGACUUCAACAAGACAUAUAGCUGGCCAGAACCUGUAUAAUCAAACUGAGGGACUCUGAUUGCAUUGUCAACAAAUAAGAGUAUAUUCGUCAUAAGUUUGACAGGUUCAACAGUAUAUUUAGUAAAGAAAACUGCUCAAAUGUAUAUGUGAACCUGGUAAACUUGAGUUGUCAUGAACUUUGCUUUGUAGGCCAGCUUGUAAAUAUGAUGGCUCGGUUCCUAAAACUGCCGCAGUGCUUAAGACGAGUUUGUGGAUGUAGCACGAGCACACUUGAAGGAUAAACAGUUCUUGCAGAUGCAUAACUAUGUUUUAAUGAGCGUCUGUUAUUCUGGAUUUCAGGUCAUGAAGACCUGCACACACUGUGGAUAGAAAUCAAAAGCUGAUAGAUUUAAGUUGUUGGUUUGACAAGUAAUCAUCAUUGUUCAGACUUUGGAAUGAUUUUUGUCACAUUUUUGCGUAAUUAGCCAGUAAGGCACAUGGAGAAGACAAUUCGGCUUUGUGGUUUGCUUGUGUGCAGGCCUUCAUGUUUGCCAGAUAUGAAAUUUGAAUAUGGAUUGUGAAUUGCACGCCUGCCUGAUUUUUUUUACUCUGGUUUCUUCCAACACGUAGUAUUAUAUUUUCUAGACUGAUGCGUUUCUGCUUUGUCAUGUUUGUCUUGAGUUAUAUUGCCUGUACUGAGACACCUGCUAAAUAAAGGAGGACUAUAGGCAAGAACUGGUCGUCUUUGGAUGACUAAUAUGGAUGGUUUACAAGGGGAACUGGGUCUGGUUUGAUUUAGUGAUGAAUGUAUGCCUCGUAGACGCCUCAAAAGCUCCGAUGUACUUUGAGAUAGUAAUCAGCGAUUCUCCUAACUUAAUACGACUCACAUGACUCCAGCCUAUAGUUUCCCUUUAAAUCCCUGCAAUGUCUCGGCUGUCUUCGUUCAUAAAACAAUGAUAAGUCUUUAUCAAUUCUUGGUAUUGGUCGGGCAGCAAGAAGUAGUUCUAAAAUCGGAGGGGUCAGGCUUCUUGUAUUUGACUCUAGAGUAUUCUUGGGCCUUUGCCUCAAUCAGAAAUUUUGUUUCAGUUAUCAUGCUAUUUGGUUGUGUCAUGAGGCUGAAUACUAUGUCAAAGAAAAUAUAUAUUGACAUAAACUUAAAACUUGGCUUAACUUAUGUUGAGAAAUGGCGAAAACAUAUUUUUGUGUCCCAUGUGAUCAUGCGUGUAUAAUCGGUAUGGAAUCCUUUUACAAACAAAUCUUCAACUUUAUCUUAAAAGCGCACCAAUAAUCGGAAGCAAUAAUUCAAAAAGAUUAUUUCAUAUCUUCAGCUUGAUCUUUGGCUUUUGACUACUAACAUUUUCCCUCUACAAAAGUGUUCUGUUGAGAUAUAACUGGGAACUAGCAUUGCUUUUGGGACAUUCUGUAGCCUGUGAGCAAAAUUAUUGUAAUUUUUGAUUUCAGUGCUGAAUUAUUAUAGCCUUGAUAUUCACAUUAACUGGGACAGGCAACAGUGCUGGUAUUGUCCUUGAAUUGUAACGUACAUGUAUCUUGCUCUGAGCUUUUCUGUAGCUAGAUAUACCGCAGUGGUCGAUCACGAACUUUGGAGAAGGGGAGUGUAAGCCAACCAAGAGAUGAAAAUCUUAAAAACGAGGCGGGUCUGGGGGCCCUCCCCCAAACAAAAUGGGAAGAGGGUGGGCAAGGCGCACCUGAACCCCCCCCCCAUCAACCUUUUCACUGUAUUGUGGUCAAUGCCCAAUUGAUGAGUGUGGGACGUUUUGGCCAUUAACAAAUUCGGUACGGAUACAUGGAUGUUACAGGGGUACAGACCAGUACAUCUUCUUCAAUUCCUACCGAGUAGGCUGUAUCUCAAAUUUUCUCUCAGAUUCUACAACUGCCCAUACCGGGAAUGUUGAUCAGUUUCGAAAUUGUAACAAAACAGGGGCAGCCGAUGUCUUGGUCACAAAAUUCAUCAACCACCUUGAAGAUUUCAUUGCACCCACCAUACAAAUGCAUGCAAUCAAAAAGAUGCCGUCCAGACUUUGAAUGUAUUAAUGAUGAGAUCACUUUAGGUUAUUUUGUUCAUCCAAGCAGUACUGAAUGUGACUUGUGAUGUCUAAGACACAAUCGUAGAGGCGUGCUCAUGUACUCGUCUUGUAGCUGUGUUGGACUAAUAAAUUUUGUCAAAGAAUUUA